UACAUCGAAACUUCAGUCAACGUAGUCUGGGACACGUGCAAUCUGAUUGAAUUGUAUGUAAUAGGAUGGAGUGUUAUUUGUUUUUACAUAUAUGAAUAAACAAUAGGACAUUUCUCAUUUCCUUUAGCUGUUGAGAAAUACUUACUGUCGUGUAUUUAUCUUAACAUAUCGUCAGUAAUAUUUAUACAAACUCCACUUGUUAUUUUCGUCAUCAAAUUAAGCCCCUGAAUUGCCUGCGUCCUAUAUUUAUCUUGGUAAAAGCUCAGCCAUAGGUGAGUUGGACUUGGAUUUAGCGUAUAGAUAAGCAUGUUUUCUCUCACUCGUGACGCAAUGACGCCAGACAAGGCCUCGGUUACGACCACUGCAUUGGAGUGGAAGGGGAAGUUGAGUGGGCAACAGCGACCUCAGCGGCGCGCGGGUGGGCAGUUGAACCGGAUGCUUCCGCUGCGCAAUACAGCCCGGACACAAAAGAGGGGAAGGGCUUUAUGGCGAUAUUUAGAUCCGCCAGACAAGCUGUUAUCUGCGGGAAAAAUAAGUGAAUAACCCCUGCGGUAUACUGGGUCCGUGUUAAACACACCCUGAUUUAGUUUACAGCCUUAAAGUGCCAUUGCAUUCACUUGUGUGUCCUUUUUUUCUUUUGAAGGUUGCUGUCUGCGCUGUGUUUACGUGCGCAAAGCCUUUAUUUAUCCACUAGCCUCUUUAUUUUGUUCUAAUGUCUCUAAUAUAUUUUCACCAAGCAUUACCUGAUCAUGCACAGUGGUAGGCCCUAUGCUUUCCAGGUAGAUGAACGCCUAUCUUUUGAGUUAUUGGUGUGAGUUAUACCGUUUUUUUUCAGUAUGGGAAAACAGGCUGGAGUGGAUUAUUUAGCAGUAGUCAAUCGCCUGUGGCCUGUAAGGUGUUGGCCUAGCUUUCAGUUUUAUUCCACGGUAAUAAAUAGAACACGUCAUUAUGUGGGCUAUCCUAUCACGGUUCUCUAAAGCUAUGGUAGGGCAAGGUUCGAGAACAUGUCCUUGAAGUGUUACAACGUGUUACGCCGACAUUUCCUCUCUUCAUACUAGUUCAGAUUUUAUCAUCUUGUAUCCAGACUUAGGUUUGCUGUUGGUUUGUAAUUGUAUUUGUUUGUCCAUUUCUGCUUUCAAAUUUGAUUAGAACGUGAUCUAUGUGUCUGAAUGAUGAAAUAAACAACCCCAUGUUUAAACUAUCUAUUAAAUGAUCUAUUAAUUGGAUGUUUUUCUCUCGAGGUAUCUCACACUUUGAGGAAACUCAACGGCUUCUGUACAUUAUGCUGUAUUUGUUAGCGUAUUAUUUUCUACUUAAUAGUGUAUCAUUUUUUCAUUAGCCAUAGUGGCUUCCAUAAUUGGCACUGCUGUGCUGGUAGCCUAUUUGUAAUAGUGCUAAUGGUAAUUGUGGUUAGGGGCCUGUGUUUUGGUUGAUUAUGUCAUAUGACCUGGAUUUUAACAGAAGUGAGAAAUUAGAAUUAGAACAAAAAUAAAAACAAUUGUCUGAGGAUGAUGCUGGACCAUCUGACAUAAAAAUAAAAGGGUAAAAUUUGAUAAUAUAUAUAUAUAUAUUUUUUUACAUAAAGUUUAAAAUCCAGGUAAACCAAAACACAGGGUCUUAAUUAUGACAGAGGCCUCAUAAUAGGCUUAUAGACCUAGUAAUAGUCGGAUGCAAACAAUAUGUGUAGGCUAAUUCUUAGUAAUAGUGGUAAAGUAUUUGUAUUUGAAAAAGAAGCCAGCUCGACGUGCACUACUAUGUGCAUACUAUUUUCUAUGACGAAUAUCCAUAAUUGUCGCUUAUUUUGUUGAAUAUUAAUUGUUUAAAUAUGCCACAAUUAGUCCUAUUUCCAUGUAGGUUAUUGAUUGAAUUUAUAUAUUUUCUGUAAUAGAACAUUGCUGUUUAAUUCCUCGGUUUUAUAACCAGAAUGUAGGCUAUCCUGGAUAUUCAUGGACAUAGAAUACAAUAUUAGACUAGAACAGUAAAAUUAUUCUUUAAUUUUUUUUUUUUUAUUUUAAGGCAGCAGUAAAUACAUUAAAUACACUAUGUCAACACACAUUUCUAUUCUAUUUAGACAUUUGUUUUCUAUAAAAAAAGAACUAUACGAAUUAAAACUUUUCCAUAUUUUGCUAUUGAAAAUAAUAUUACUUUUACUGAGAAAUUAUAUAUAUAUUUUUCCAAAUAGGCAAUAUAAUAACAAUGUCAGAUAUUAUUCUCAGCAACCGUGUGGUUCUAUUAAUCUUAUAUUAUAAUAGGUUAUUAUUGUAUAAUACCAAACUAAUAGCUUGAUAUAGCACACCUUUGAAAGCUUAUGUUUAAUGGGGCGUGAACGUAAAAGCUUUUCAUUUUGGAAUGUUUCCUAACAAUGAAAAUAUGAAAGGUUUGAACAUUUUGACAGAAGAUGAAAGAGGUUACAUGCUACGAUGGAAAGCUACCCAGAGCAUUAGUUGUAAGAAAGAAUAUCUGAAUAAUUGACGUUCCUUGGCGCCAUAGAAAGAAUGCAUUUUAUGACAUUUGGUAUCGUUAAUAAGCCCCAAUAUGGCGGCGUUAUCCUGGUUAUGUUCAGCUCCUGUAUGUUUUGUUGUGAGUAUUAUUGGUAAUGCUUAUUACCCUGUAACAUAUGUGUAAAUAUACUCGUUAAAUGUGUGUUUUGGGAGAAUUAUUUAUUGGAUUUGCUGACCUAUACUAAGUGGACAGAUACUUCCAAUGGUAUUUCAGUUUAGUCUACUCUCCCUUUCCAUAGCCCUACAUUUAUAUCAGCAGUAAUUGUAUAAAAUAAUAAUAAUUUGCUUUUAAAACUAGACAUUGUUACGUUUUAAGACAGAGACCCGCGAGCAUUUAAUAGCCAAAGGGAUUGAUUUAUCCUUUAUUGUUCAGCCUUUAUGAUCACGUGCGCUCGUCACCCAAUCGAAUGGCAGUCUUGCUUCCCAACUAUUAGUCGACUGUAGAUCUUUGUGGUGCCAAGUUGCUACACUUGAUUUCUUCAGAUUGUUAUUUUGUAAAAUUCGGGUUUAGUGCGUGUGUAUGUGUGUGUGGUGUGUGUGGCACGCGUGUUUUUGUAUGUAUCUGUGUAUGUGUGGGUACAUGUGAAAGUCUCUUUUGUCAUGUCGACAUCUGGAACGUUGACUAGCUACUACGUCGACUCCCUCAUCUUGCCGGAGAGCGAGGAGCUGUCCGCGCCCAGAUACACCUCCGGUCCGGGGGGGCUCCAGCAUGCGAGGCAGCUCACCUCGCACACCGAUCACACCGAGCUUGGGCCCUGCACCUUCCCGACGAAAGCUCCGGUCUUCAGCCCGUCCUGGGGCCAUGUAUCGACCCAGUUUCCAGGUCCCGUGUCAUCCGUGUACCACCACCCGUAUGGGCAUCACCAAGGCCCGGCUCCAGGCGACUUGGAGGGUCGCUACAUGCAGUCCUGGCUGCUUGAGCCCAUUUCAGGGUCCUUGCCCUUGACCGGAUUACCAACGAGUCAUCAUUACGGGAUCAAACCGGAGAGCCUGGGCGCACGAGUGGACAGCGCGCUGCCUGGAUCCCAUACCGCACUGCUCCUGUCCGACUUCACCAACGGGACAGUUGUGACGGCGUCCCAAGUGGACAAGAACACACUACCUGGCCAGACCGCAAACCUGAACGGGGAGAUAGAGGAGAAACCGGCCCUCGAUCCAAAUCCAAACAGAAAGCGUGGACGUCAGACGUACUCCCGGUACCAGACACUGGAGCUGGAGAAAGAAUUCCACUUUAACCGGUACCUGAACCGCCGGAGGCGCGUGGAGAUAGCACACGCGCUCUGCCUGACUGAGCGCCAGAUCAAAAUCUGGUUCCAGAACCGGAGGAUGAAGUGGAAGAAAGAUCACAAGGACGAGUCUUCGAGCUCAAACCUCAGUACCAACUCAGAGAACGUAAACAAGGAUGGUGAUGGUAAUCCGGUAAACAACGGACAGUCCAAGACCCAGGAGGCAGAGCAAGGAGACUCCCCGUCUGCGGGUGUGGCAUCAGAAACCCCUACAAGAGAAGGAGAUGGCGACGUAGAUGCUAUUAAUGAAAGAAACACUCCAUAAAUGUUUGUAUUUGUCAAAUGUUAAAGAUGUAUACUCUCAUAGAAUCGACACACUCUGUUCAUCAUGUUUGUUUAUCAAUUUAGAGAUUAGUAAGGGUUGGUGAAACCACUUGCAGGCUGAAGUUGAGAAACACUUAUUUAUUGUACUGUAUACAAGCUAGUGAAACACUGUCUCUAGCAACAAAAGGCAUACGUCUUAUGUGCACAUGAAAAGGAACGGAUACUACCUAUUUACACUAUAUUAUUAUUAUGAAAACUCAAUUUGAUCUUUGAAUGUAGAAAAGGCAUACUGUAAAUGUUAUUCAAUAAUACAAAGUAUUGGCUGGGAACUAUUAGAUAUUUUACUACUGAAAUAACAUUCCUGAACAGAGAACUACCUAAUGCGACAGUUAAUUCCAAGCAACUUCCGAAUUUAGCCUACCUCCAAUUUGAAUUGACUUAGACAAAGGGACCUUUUCGCAUUCUAUUUGUUUCUAUUUCAAAUGGAAAUAAAUGCAAAUGUUGCGUAAAAGUGCCUUUGUUAAAUCAACUAGCGAAUAUGGCUUUAACGUUUUACUGUCCCUUAUUCUCGUUAUAUUGCACUGAUGUAGCUGUUACGGUUUGGCGUAUUCCUAUAGCUUAUAUUUGUGAGAACUUAUCUUUUGGGGCCAUGUAGAGAUUGCAAUACAUAUUCGCAUGAUUCCAAUACCCUACCUCAGAGACUACAGACCUAUUCGGCUACUACUGUAUCACUGAAUUUCAAUACUGUAUAACUUCUUGUAUAUGUGUGAAAUUGAAGUCUUUGUAAAUACUGUGACGUCGUGUUGUUAGUGUAUUUUUGCAUCCUCUUAUACGUCAAUCACAUUUUUGGUGGACGUGAGUGUGUCUGCUUGCACGUGUUUGUAGGAUAUUAGCAAAUUAGGGAAAUAGUGUGUGUGUUUUAUCUGAUCAAAUGAAUACAAGAGAACUGCUCCAAUGUUCAGAAAUAACCUCUAUGCUCCCUCCACAUCUCUGCUUUGACUCGGAGUUAUUCCUAUGUUGACAUUAUGCAAGACACAAUAUGAAUCCAAUAAAAACAAAAGCCUUCAGUUUUGAAAAUAGCUUCGUAACGAAUUUCCUGUAGAACAACCAUCCAUUUAUACGAGACAAAAUGUUAAGAAAGCACAUAUAGUCAACAUGCCAAAAUAGAUGGUAUUAGUUAAAUUAUGCAUGGAUGAAAUUACUUGUCUUAAUUUUUCACGUUCAUUUAGUUCUACAUUUCUUUUUAUAUGACAAUAAAUAUUGACAACACUAAGCCUACAAAUUAUACUAUUAUUCAGCAGGAAAAGUGAAGGAAAAGUGAAAAGAGCUGAUGAAACCCAUGACACGUGUUUAAAGGAGUAGUCCAUUAUUUUACAACUUAAUGUGAGAUGGUUCCUCACCCUGAAAGUAGAAACUGCAAUCCAUGGUUCAGUUUCCUGUAAACAGCUUGUGAGCAUGUUUUUUAAAAUAGCCAAAGCACCUUUAAGUAACAUCAAACUAAAUAUGUAACUGAUUAGAAUUGAUUUCAGGUGAUUUUUAUCUUCUUUUUUAAAACAUGCUCACAUGCUCCUUUAACUGCCAUAGACUUUUAGCUUGUG